CUCCCCGCUCGACCAUCUCUGCUCUGCCUCUCGAGUCCCUGAGUCGCCGCAGCCGCCUCUCACGCUCAGCCCCCUCUCUCACGCCGUCAACAGCCCCUCGCCGUUGACACUGUUGGUCCCUUCUGUUCUCCUCCGCUUCCAGUUGUUCCCGAGGCUACAGAAUCACAGAUAUUGUUUUCCCCUCUCUCGGCGAGGUAAUCGAAUGCCUGAGAGCAAACCAGUGAUUGGGCUAUCAUGGGAACCGAAGUUGCCAACUUUGUCGGCAGGAACCCAUAAUGGGUCUGUGAGCAAAUCCCAAAACCAAACUGAAGUGAGUGCUCUUUGGAGACCACCAUCCGAGCUUGUUGAUGGACUUUUUGUCCCUCCAAAUGACCCAAGAAAGUUAAACAACUUGAUGAGAAAGCAACUCAAAGAUACUACCAGCAAGAGUUGGUAUGAGAUGCCCGCUCAGACCAUUACCCCGGAGAUUGAAAAGGAUCUGCGGUUACUAAAGUUGAGAAGUGCCAUUGAUCCAAAGAGGCACUACAAGAAGGGUGAUUCAAAGUCGAAAACGCUGCCCAAGUAUUUUCAGUUGGGCACUGUGGUCGAGUCAGCAUCAGACUUCUUUACAGGUAGAUUAACGAAGAAGCAGAGGAAGGCAACGAUUGCAGAUGAGUUACUGUCUGAUCAUACCCUUGCUAAGUACAGGAAACGCAAGGUUCAAGAGAUAGAAAAAAAGAAUCGGCCAGCUGGAAAUGAUAAAUGGAAGAGAAAGGGCCGGCAGUCACGGAAGUACACAAAGCAGAGAAGGCACUGACAUAUCUUCGCCAUUUUUUAUCAGAUUUUUCUCAACUGUGAUCCACAUUGAAGAGGAUUGUUGGUGUCAUGUUAAGAGUCAGAAAUAUCUAGUUAAAAAAAAGGAGACUCAAGAGAAAAUAUAAGAAGGCAAUCCUUGUACCAUACAGAGACAGAAUUCCUUGACCUGCAUGAUCUGAACUUCUUAGCUAGAGUCUCUUUUGCUCUCUCUAUAUUGAUUUUGGCACUGCUGCUAUUUGUUGCUAUUAACUGUUGAGAUGUUUUAAGUGUAUGCUCUAAGGUAAUAUAAUAGCCACUUUCUAUUGAAAGUUUCUUUA